AACACAACUCUACCGGCACCACACAGCCCCCUACAGGAUGUUGGUUGCAGUGCAGAUGCAUAGGUUGAUCGUCCACCUGACACUAACGCUGUUAUUACCAGCAUCUUCACCUGAUUGGUUGCUCACUCCUGCAGCGGCCUUCAUGCUGCCUGGCUGUCAGCUGAUUAAUCAGACGGUGUCUCUGGAGAAAGAAGGAUGUCCCAUCUGUCACUCAGUGGAAACCACCAUUUGCAGUGGCCACUGCAGAACAAAGGAACCAAACAUCAAGGUGCCGUUGUACAAGAUGCCGUCGUUUCAGUCACCCUUCAACGUGUUCCAGCAGGUGUGCACAUAUGAACACGUGCACUACAAGACAUUUGAACUCCCCGACUGCCCCCCCGGUGUGGACCCCACCAUCACGUACCCGGUGGCUCUGAGCUGCCACUGCGGCCUGUGUGACAUGAAAAAGGCGGACUGCACAGUGGAGAGUCUGCGACCUGAUAUCUGCAUGAACGACGUCCUCUUCAACUACUGAUGUCACACAACCAUCAGCUGCCGCUGGACAACAAUGGCUGGGAAUUUAAAUUUCAAAUUUCAUGUCUUCAGAUUUUGUUGCUCACAUUUAACCUGGAAAAUAAAAAAUAUUGUAUAACAAAA